AUGUCAAUCCUCUUUUAUCGCCGCCCAGACUAUCUGUCGAGACCAGCUGGUCCAAUUAACCACAAAGACUGCCAAAGAUAUGUCGAGCGCGCGAAAAAAUCCGAACGGAUAAUUCCUGACGGCCUCUCGUUUGAUGAGAUUAUGAACCAUCACUCCUUACCGCCGUGCUCUCUCAACGAUUUCAUGGAUUAUCUGGUGUAUAUUGAGCACAACGCGGAAAAUCUGCAGUUCUUUCUGUGGUACAAGGAUUACUGCCAGCGCUUUGAAGCAUUGCCCGAGAGAGAGAAAGCACUUUCGCCGCCAUUCUAUCCCGAGACCGCGGACGCUCCCGAUUUAUCGAGAGGCAGAGAUAUGGAGAAGGACACCGUCAAAAAGCAUAAGGAUAACGAUCGGGAAAAAUCUGGAUAUAAAAGUAACGGCGCCGCUCUCUUUAGCGAGGACAAAAAUACACCGAGUCCAACUCGUCCAGCCGGUGAAGCGUUUGAGCACAGUUUCGAAACUCCUUCUGCCUCUGAAUUCUCCUCAAUUCCAAACGAUGCGGAUGUAGCAGCUCAAGCUGGACUGAAGUGGCAACCAUUUACCAUUCAGCCUAUGCGUGAAGAGAUAAACAGGAUUAUGCGACACUACUUAGCCUUCACGUCUCCGAGAGAGUUGAACUUGUCGCAUAAGGAUCGCGCUUUAUGUUUACAUGCUCUCCAACACACGACACAUCCCACUGCGCUUAUGCCUGCUGUCAAGAUAGCCGAAGCAGCUCUACGGGGUCAAUCGCAUCCAAACUUCAUCCGUUGGAGUAUCUGUAACGGAAACAGGCCUAGGGUGUUUUUUGUGCGCACAGCUUCUACAAAUAGCGUCAUAUUUGGCUUUAUCCUUGCGAUUGUCUUAACAUUAUCACGGAAGAGUCGCUGGUGGAGAAUCUUUGCGGCUAUCAUAUGGCUGGGAGGCUUUUCAGCUACAGUCGCAGCUUAUAAAGGGCUCUGUGUUAUCAUGUACUUCUCCCACUCUCGUGCUCUCCGACCCUGGGAGCAGAAUCUGGACGAAGAGCUUACCGACGUCGAAGUAGAUCGUCGAGGAUCUUCUGCUAGUGACCAACGUGGCGCACAAGUAUCUUCCAGCGACGGCCCUCAAAGCCAGACUCCACCGGACUACGUAGACUCGAAUGCCACCACCCAGGAAGACAGCCAACAAGGUUAUAGUCGGCCUACUUCUAUGAGGUCUUUCGGUCCGAAAAACAGUUAUUACGAGAACGCGAAUUGGAAAUCAAGAUAUGAGAGAAAGUCGCUUUUUAGAAAGAUCUUCGAUAGAGAGACUUAUACCCAGGAUCCAGCCCUGAAAUUUUUGCAAGAUAGGAUUAUUAUUGGAGCGGUCAUUUGGGCGGUGAUCAUCACCAUUCCUUUGACGGUCGUUUUUGUCGCGUUGCCAAAGGGAAAUUACUAUGGAUGA